AUGGUGACCGACGCUCGCGAAGAUCCUCCCGCCUUUAUCGACAUCCCUACCGUUCAUGAUGACACGCAUCGCGGGAAAUGGCCCAACAAUUUGUCGAUCAUGUCGAUGGGCAACCGUCCGAAUCUUAUCGGCUAUCUCCAGCAUCAUAGCCCUACCACCGACGGUAGCGUCGCCAUCUGCCUUGCCGGCGGAAACGGGGUCUUCGUGCAGAAGGCAUGUCUUGAGUUCAUUCCCGAAGAGCACCGUCCCGCCUUGGAUACGUCUCGCAAGGGCCAUGUCAGUUUCCUGACGGGUAGCACGCAGGAAACGCUUGGAUCGACUCUAUUGCCUAUUCUUCUCACCGACGCCAGCAGCGGCAAGAAGUUCCGCGUCGUUCUUUACGCGAAUGUACUUGAGAACCUCCUCAUCCCCGUCUUCAUCGGCAACUCCCGCGAGACUGUACCCUUCCUCGAGACCGAACAGUGGGGUUCAGGGAGUGUGAAAGAUCGAAUGCAACGCUGGUAG